UGUAGACAUGCUGCCGCUCGCCUUACUGCUAUUCGUAGUCUACUCCUGUGAACCAUACAAAAUUCUUGUCGUCAAUCCCAAGAUGGCGUACAGCCACAUGAAUUUCAUGGGAAAAAUUGCUGAUGUCCUCGUGGAUGCCGGGCAUGAUGUGGUGACACUACAGCCUGUGCUUGCACCACAUCCGAACAACGGCACUAAGAGAUCACGACUGAUUCAAGUGCAGCCUCAACAAGACCUUGCUCCAUUGGUGGCCAAGAUGCUGAAAGAUCACGAAAGCAAAUGGACGGACAGCGUUUCGAAUCCAAUAUUAUUUCUUAAAGGUAUACCUAUGAUAAAGGAAUUUUUCAAGGCCAUGGCGAGAACGCUCCUCAAUGACGAUCAAUUGCUGCAGCAAUUGAAGUCUGAAAACUUUGAUGUCGGCAUCACGGAGCUGUUCGAGUUCUCCGGCUUUCCGGUGUUUGAGGCGAUUGGAUUGAAAAACAUAAUUGGUGCACAUUCGAUGGGUUUGUUUGAAGGCUCCGCUUAUGCUAUUGGCGUCCCGGUGAUUCCUAGCUACGUGCCAGCUUCACUAGGAAUCACAGACGAUUCUUCAUCGUUCUUAACUCGCGUUAAAAGUAUCGUCUAUACAUAUCUUUCCUAUCAUUUCCAAAACAGCGCUGCAAGCGGUGUUGACGAGGUUAUGUUUGAAAAGCUCGGAAAAUCUGCCACUCCCAUAUGGGAUAGCGUGUCAAAUAUGACGUGGUUGCUCACAAAUGUUGAUCCGUUGUUUGACUUCGCAAAACCAACCUUGAAUAAAGUUGUGGAUAUCGGUGGAAUUGGAGUUCAUGAGGCGAAACCACUUGAAAAGAAUUGGAACGACGUUAUGAACCUACGUUCUCGUACCAUACUCAUCUCUUUUGGAUCCGUUUUGAGGAGUGCAAGCAUGCCGGAAGCUUACAAACAAUCCGUUAUAAAUCUUAUAAAAUUGAAUCCUGAUAUAACGUUUAUAUGGAAGUAUGAGGAGCCGGAAAGUGCAGUAUUUGCAGACGGAUUGGAAAAUUUGGUAAUGUCAAAGUGGACCCCUCAGACAGACUUACUCGCCGACGAUCGUCUGACACUUUUCGUCACACAUGGCGGCGCUGGCAGCUUGUUUGAAAGUGCUACUUAUGGCAAACCUUUGGUUGUCGUACCAUUAUUUGGUGACCAAGUUCGAAAUGCACUAUUAGUCGAGAAGUUUGGAUUUGGCAUGAUGCUGGAUAAAUCGAAUCUCAAAUAUGUGGAUGCCUUACGGAAUGCUGUUAAAACGAUUCUUGAAGAUAAUAAGUACACUGUCGCUGCUCGUCGAAUCCAAAAUCUCCUUGCCAAACGACCGUUCUCUCCCGAGCAGAAACUAGUGAAAACUGUGGAAUUAGCCGCUGAGUUUGGCCAUAUGCCUGAGUCUCUUGUUGCAGGACGAAAGCUUAGCUUCGUAGCUUAUCAUAAUUUGGACAUAUUUCUGUUAUUCGCUGGAAUAUGUCUUUUUACUGUUUUCUUUCUUUUAUACGUUGCAAAGAGGCUCUUAGGAAUUGUAAACGUUAAGAAAAUUAAGGCACAAUAAUGUAGAUAGGACAGCAAACUGAGGAGUUCAUGUAAAUAUAUAGCUGUUGAAGCACUAUUUAUUAUGUUGCACAUUGCCUUAUUUGCUAGCUCAAAUUGCACAUUAGAACCUUCAUUACUUAGCCAAAGGCAAAAACGUCUGUGCUCAUAUAUCUGUUUUGGCUAAUAGCAUUUCUCUUCUAUUUCACAAACUUUUGCUUAUUUUCAUCAGACUUUAUUCUUGUUAGAAUGAUG